GUGGCGCCAGCAGCUUCCAGCUCUGCCCGCAUCUCUGCGCCUUCUCUCGGGUUCUGUGCGUGCGGCGGCUCCGGGGAGGCUCGGAGCUCCCUGCGGACACCCCGGAGCGUAUUGCCGACGGCACCGGCGGAGACCCGAGGGCCCGGUUCGCGCUCCGGGGCUUUCAGGUGAGGUCCAGGUGGGCUCGGCAGGUGUGUCUCCGCGGGAUGCUUCCGCCCUGAGCUCUGUUGGGAGAUGCUGCCGUCCGGGACCUCCAGGCGGGACAAAGCGGCGGUCCGAGAGCGGUUGGAGGCCUCCGUGUCCGGGCUCGGGGAGCUGGAGCUCCUGCGGCGGCGGCAGGAGGUGCUGGUCCGGGCCGCGCUGGGGCUCCGGGAGGAAGAGGAGGAGGAGGAGCGGCGGCGGCGAGAGGCUCAGCUGAGCUCGGAGGAGAAACUGCUGGAGGGGAACAUCCUGCUGCUCCGGAAACAGCUGAACUGUCUGAGGAGGCGGGACGCCGGCCUCAUCGCUCAGCUGCAGGAGCUCGACCGACAAAUCAGUGACCUGCGAUUGGACACCGGGACGUCACAUGAGCCCGACAGCCGACCGAGCUCAGGGAGAGCCGUGGGUGUGGAGCGUUCCACACCAUCUCCACUGAGAGAGUUUCCACUCACUAACACUCGAGCUGCCACAGCAAUCAGAGUCAUCACCAGCCGAGCAUCUCGUCAGAGCAGCGCCGCCUGGAAACGGCCCGCUCUCCCUGAACUUCCUGUCAGCUCUGUGAGGGGAGGGCACGCGCUCGCCAUCACGCGCGCUCGCCAUGUAAACGAACACCCCCGACCGCUCGCUAAUGUCGCCUUCUUUCUGUCUGCAGAUGAGCUGGCCAGCUGUUUGGAGUGUGACGUCCUGGUUGGAGGGCUUUGUGAUGAGUCAUCGUCCUCUGGUACGGUCCGCCGCUCGCUCUCGGCUCCGAACCCGCCCACUGUGGAUGCAGCCACUGAGCCUCAGUCUAAAUACCACUGUGACCUGGUGGCCCGAAACGGCAACGAUGUUUAUCGCUACCCGAGUCCUCUGCACGCCGUGGCGGUCCAAAGCCCCGCCUUUCUGCAGACGUUGGGUUUCGGAGGUCCCGGCAGAGAUGAGGCAGACACCUCAGCUCCCCCCCCCUCUGUUUCAGCCCCCCAUGUGUCUCAGAGCUCCUCCUGGCCGGCCUCCUCCUCGCAGACUCCUUCCCAUAAGCGGCUGGACAGCUACAUCUACAGUCUGCUCCAGAGGAAGGCCCAGCCAAUCAGGACCAGCAAGCCCAGGACCAGCAUCAGCACCGACCCCUCAAAGAGCGUCCUCAGGCAGGCCAGCCUGUGUGCGAGGCAGGUGUGCGGCUCUGCUUUUGGGACUCUGAGUGGAUCCGACUUUAAAGCCUCGUGGACGGCUAGAGGAGCAUCGGCAGAGGGAGCUGGGGCCUCGUCUCCACAGAGGCAGUGGUCUGUGGACGGGAAACUGGAGGAGCAGGAGACCCAGAGCGCACUGAAGGAUGGCGGCUUUGAGGCGACGCACAAUGGCUUCGGGAGGGGCAGCGGCGAGUCCGGCUCUCCUCUUCGGUACGACGUACAGAGCAACUCUGCCAACAACCACGACAGCAGCACCAACUGUCUGAGAAAGAAGAGCAAAGCAGAUCUUCCUCACGCCACGCUGUCUGCCAAAACUCUCCCUAAAAACUUCAGGGACCUGGGCAGUCCCAAAGCUAACCCCGCCCCCAAAGAGGUCAAACCGCCAUGUUGCCCCCCGGACCAGGAGAUGUUCCUGAAAUCUGCAGCCAUGAAAACACAGUCGAGUACUCCCAGGAAUAGUCCAGGAACGGGAAGGUCGGCACUGGAGCUCGCCAGUGUGGGGUCCUCCUCCCAGAGUCAGGACGAAGCAGCCGGCGAAGGAGGAAGCUGUCACGCGGUUACCAACAGGUAUGUCCCCGCCCACCAGCACAGACUCCGCAAGGGCGGCUUCAAGAAUGUGAAGGUGAGGAGCUCAUCGAUGAAGACGAGUCGUGUCUCUGAGCACAGCGAGCCUCCGCCGGAGAGAAGACAGGACAAACUCCGCCACAGGUCCCGCCUCCUGGAAGAUGGAGGCUCCGCCCACGUUAAAGUCUCCAAGAGAUUUACUUCCUCAAGAAUAAAGCGCCUACCUGCACCCAUCCCAGAAGGCCGAGUGCUGGACAGACAGCCCCCGUCGGCACUACACGGCGCACGACCAAGCGUAUCCAAGCACCAUCACCAUGGAAACCAUCACUGCUGCAGUGGUAACCAUCACCACGGACGCGACCAGGUCGUGGUCGUGGCCAAACCAAAGUACAAAAGGAACGAUUACCGGCGGUUACGAGCCAUGAUGGAGGUCCCGUACGACGAGGCGUUUAGACGUGCUCAGCGGCGCCAGAGAAAGGAGCUGCUGAACAGCAGCGUGUACCCGCCCGCCGGAGCUUUCCUCGCAGUAAAGACCGAGACCAACAUGACUGUGAUGAAGAUGAUGAAGAUCUCAUCCUCCUCUGAGCGCUGA